GGGGCGGCACCGACCUGCGGACUCCCCGGUGUUGAUCCAGUCUGGGUUGGCCAGGCUGGCUAUGGCGAAGAUGUCUGCCGCCAGGAAGAGGCAGCCUGAGAUGAUGAGCCAGAUGCAGAUAUGAAAGAGAAAUUGGAGCAUAACUUAGGGAGCAGCUAUAAAACAUUCAUCGAGCGGGGAGCUAAAGGCCUGGGUUUGGUACUGAUCGAAAACGGAUCCUUUCUGCAGGUUGUGAGAACAGUUGAGGGUGGCCCUGGAGAUGCCAUGGCAAACCUGAAGCCAGGGGAUAUCCUGGUUAAAAUCGGUAAUACCAACGUCUUGGGCUACAAGCUGCGUGAGCUGCGGCGGCUGGUGGGGAAAAUUCCCACAGGAAGUCAGCUACAAGUUAUUGUGUACAGGAAUUACAAGGAACUCCCGGAGCACUGGAAAUCCACAACAGGAAUGCUAUCAACUAGAAGCAGCGAGGAAGGGGAGUCUGAUAUGUCGAGCAGCAGUGACCUCGAUGAGGAUGGUGGUGAUGAUGAUGAUGAAACCUCGAGGGUGAGGUUCAAGAACUUUAGGCCCCUUUCCAUAUUUUGGCAUGACCUUAGCAUCUCCAUCCCACCCGUUUCCAGAACCUGGCACACUCCAAAGAAAAACAGUAACGUCCUGAUUGUGGGCUUCCACGCCGGCUGUGACAUCGUGCUCCACCACAUGCGUGAAGAUGACCACAUGGCAGCUGAGAGGGAAGGGGAAGAGCAUGUCGCGCCGCUCUAUGCCAUCUGCUCCGCGCAGUCAGACAGCGUGCGCUCUACCUCGUCCUCCUCAUCGUCCACAGACUCUCAGUGGAUCAGGCAGCUGCAGGCUCCUGACCCGGACUUGGAACGAGGCACCAGCCUGCACGAGGGAACAGCGGGCGAGUCGGCCCACGCGGUCCCAGUCCCGAAUCAGCUGCCACCUCCCGCAGCGGAAAGCUCAACGGACCAGAGCAGCAGCUCCACAAACUACGCCUCCACCUCCAGCCUCGAGAACUCCGCAUCAGCCAGCAUAGAAUCCUUGCCACAGCAUCCCCAGGGCAUUUCCUCCAACGCUUCCAUACAGUCACUCACCACCAUCGAGGAUUUUAUGGUGGACUUUUCAAGUGUGGAUACCACUCGUGAGGACAUCACACACGAAGGUGACCUGCAAGCUGCACAUCUCCAGCAUUGGACUAAGAGCACAGAAAUCCCCCAGCCUCCACCUAAUCCUCCCACCGACAUCGUCCAACACUAGCACACCCUAGUCCUUUCUCCAUCACUCGAUUUUCCUCUGAAUCAUUCAGUAUGAGAGGAUUCUAUCUGUGAAGCCCUUUCAGGGAAAAAGAGUUCCUCCUGAAUUGCCUUUUAAAUUCUUCAGUGGCCAAAGCCACGAGAUUUAAUUUCCACACAAACAUACUUUCACCUUUUAAAGGACGUAUGUAAAGGACUUCUGAUGGUUUCCCUCCCGACUCUUGCACCUUUAUACAUUUCUUUGCAUCUUCUCUUUUCCCAUUUUGCGGUAUUAAGCACCUUGCAAACUCUGAUCCAAAUAAGGACUCACAUGAACAUUUUGCCACUUGAAAUGAACCACAUUGUACUGUUUUGAUUUCAAAAUCUGUUAGCCACCCGGCAUUUACUGUUUUCCCAUUACCAAGGGAUCUCUUGUUAACUUUUGUCACUGGCCUGUGUAUGUGUACAUUUAGAAACAGGUGAGACUCUUCACCCUUUUCAGUUGUAUGACAGGCCAUUGUUUCCUUCAAGUCUAAAGGACUGUCUUCAACAAAAGCUCCGCACAAUGCCAAGGAAAGUAGUUCAUGAUUUGCCAAUAUAACGGAGCACAAGGUGUUCGGAUUGUAACGAUUCUUUAGAUUUAAACAUUAGGUAUUUGUUUUCCUCUUACUCGUUGUUGCAUUAAUAAAGGAUACUGAGACUUUUCUG